AUGGAUCAGCGAGAGCUCGAGUCGCGCGUAAAGGCGCUGACCAAGUCGGUUGCCGCCAACGAACCCCCCGAGACCGCCAUCAAACUGCUCGAGUCGCUCAAGAAGGAUGCCAAGCCGACCGAGGAGAUGCUGAGGGCUACAAAGGCCGGUGUCUUCGUCGCAAAGCUUCGGGCGAACCCCAACAAGGAAAUCGCCCGAUCAGCCGCCGAGCUCGUCAUCAAGUGGAAGAAGCUCGUCGAGCAGGAAAAGGCCUCAAGGGCGCAGCGGCAAAAGAUGGGCUCGCCCGCAUCGGCCCCCGCCUCGUCGCCCGUCCUCCAGGCCGGCCCCGGCUCUGGCCCCGGCGCCAAGAAGGCCUUCACCGGCGACCCGGAGAGGCGCAGCUUUGCCGCCGACGGCGUCGAGCUCAAGCGCACCGGCUCUGGCGUCCGAGACAGGUGCAUCGGUCUCAUCUACAACGGCCUCUCGUACAGGUCGACCGAGUCGGCGGACGAUGUCAUCGCCAGGGCCGUUGCCGUGGAACACGCCGUCUUCGUCGAGUUCAAGGAGGACGAGGGCGAGGGGUACAAGAAGAAGGUACGGUCUCUCUUCGCGAACCUCAAGACCAAGUCCAACAAGGACCUCGGCAAGCGUGUCAUGUCGGGAGACAUAACCCCCGACCGGUUCGCCAGGAUGACCGACGAAGAGCUCAAGAGCGAAGACCAGCGCAAGAAGGAGAUGGAGCUGGAAAAGGAGAACAUGAAGAGGGCGCAGGUGCCCAUGGCCGAGAAGAGCAUCAGCGACAGCCUCGAGUGCGGCCGUUGCAAGAUGAAAAAGGUCAGCUACACGCAGGCCCAGACGAGAAGUGCUGAUGAGCCCAUGACGACGUUUUGCGAGUGUAUGAAUUGCGGCCAUAGGUGGAAGUUCUCUUGA